AUGGAGUACAAAACCCUAGACCUCACACUCGUCUCCGCAAAGGGUUUAACAAAGGCCGGCAAACUGAGUAUUUACGCCGUUGCAUCCAUCUCCGACUCCCGCACAGUGAUCAGCAAGGUUCAAAAGUUCAAAACCCCGAUUCACAAAGAAGGUGGUUCGGACCCCACGUGGAAUUUCCCCAUGAAGUUCACCCUUAACAAAGCCGCGAGCCUUCAGAACCGCCUGACCCUCGUGGUAAAGAUCAAGGGCGCGAGAAUGUUGGUUGAUAAGAAUUUGGGAGAAGUUCGUGUGCCGAUCAAAGAGCUUCUUGAAGGCGUAGAUCCCGAAGGGAAGACUACGCAGAAUGUGAGUUAUCAUAUGAUAGGACGGGAUGGUGAAGUGAAAGGUGUUGUAAGUUUUUCCUAUAAAUUUGGGGAAAAAAGUUCCUCGAGUGGUAAGGGUGUUAGAUCCUCGUCGGCUUAUGCUCAACCGUGUGCAGCGGAUGGACAUUCUAGCUCUAGUAAUGGGUUUGGAACCAGUUUUAUUGGUGGAUUGUUGAUCAGUGAUGUUGCUAACAACGCUGGCUGCGGUGGUGUGAGACGUGUCAAUUCUUUUCCUACGUUCUCCAAGCGUGUCUUCAGAAGUCGCGUCCUUGCACCUUUAGUUCGUUAA